GAGGAUGGAUGGGAAAGGUCGCGCGGUGUGGGCUUCCCGCGUCUUCUCGGCGUCGUAGUCAGCCCACGGCACCCCUGGAGCCGGGGCAGCUCCUGCCUGUCCCUCAGGUGCGGGGCAGACCCGACCGCCGGGAGGGCCCGUGCGGGCGUUCGGGAGCUGGUGGCGAGCGGUGCCAGAGGGAGGCUGAACUCUGUUUUAAUUUAAAAUACCAGUGCAGAGCGCCGGGGCCGUGCAGAGGCUGGGGCCGUGCAGAGGCUCGGGCCGCGCCGGCGCUCGGAAGGGACGGGAUGGAUCCGCUGGCUCCUCCUGCCCUCAGGGAAACAUUAACUUGGAGCUCUGCUGUCGUUUGGAGUAGAGCAGGUUAGAAAGCACCUUGGCGGGCACAGCCUGCGACUGAACAGGCUGCCACGACAAUGCAAAUCCCAGUUUUUACGGUUGAUGCCUUUACAAACCAGCCAUUUUCUGGAAAUCCUGCGGCAGUUUGUCUGCUUGAAAAUGAGUUGGAUGAAGCUUUGCACCAAAUCGCAAUAGAAAUGAAUCUUUCAGAAACAGCUUUCAUCAGAAAGCUGCACCCUGGAGAUGACUUUACCAAAAGUUGCUGCUUUGGGCUCAGGUGGUUCACCCCAGCCAAUGAGGUUCCUCUCUGUGGUCACGCUACACUGGCAUCGGCUGCUGUGCUGUUUCACAUUCAAAAAAAUCCAAAUCCAGUUCUCACAUUUGUGACCCUGAGCGGGGAAUUGAGAGCCAGACAAGUGAAAGAUCACAUUGUCCUGGACUUGCCACUUUAUACAGCCUACCCCCAGGUACUUGAAGAAGUAGAAGAAUUAAUAAAGGCAGCAGUUGGUGACAUGAGUGUUCAAGAUGUCCGUUACUCUCCUGACACAAAGAAACUUUUGGUCCGUCUCAGUGAUAUUUAUGAAAGGUCUGUGUUGGAAGAACUGCAAGUGAGUGCACAACGCUUUUUGUCAGCUGAAAAGACAGGAAAGGUGAAAGGGCUCAUCCUCACUCUUAAGGGAAAUUCCAGUGGGAACGGCCAUGAUUUUUACUCCAGAUAUUUUGCACCUUGGAAUGGAAUUCCAGAGGACCCUGUUACAGGAUCUGCUCAUGCUGUUUUAAGCAGCUACUGGUCAGAAAAACUGGGGAAGAAAGAAAUGCUUGCCUUUCAGUGUUCCCGCCGGGGAGGGGAGUUGAAGAUUUGCCUGCGCAGUGACGGAAGGGUGGACAUUGCAGGGCAAACUGCUGUGGUGCUGCAGGGAAACCUGACUUUCUGAAGGAACUGGCACUGAUCUCCCACACCUUCCUGGAACUCCUCUUAUGCUGAUUUUAUCUCAGCUCUAGGCAGUGAAUCCCCACUGUUGUCAAAAGUCUUUGAUUCCUUGUAGUCCAUUUUAAAAAUGGCUUGCAAAUACUUGUGAUCUUCAGGAUGCUGGGUAUUGUUUUCUUCACUCUUAGUCUUGCCAUUUCAUUUAUACACUGGCCUCAGAGGAUGCUCAAGGACAGCUGUCUUGGUUUUCUGCUUUUAAAUAAUGCUUUUCUUAAUUUCCAAAUUCCAUGUUAAAAGCUGUUACUGCUUCAUGGAUUGAACUGUAAACAUCUCUGAUUGAUAAAAUAAUCAAACCUUUCCCAGAAUCAGAAUUUUCCAUAAAAUCUGACUUCAUUUCUUUAAUUUCUUUAAAAAUAUUUUCUCUACCAUUUAUUAAAAUGACAGUCAUGUUCAUUAAUUUACUUGAAUUGAAAUCUGAAAAAAUACAAAUAGUUUAGAAAUGUGCCUUGUGGUUCUCUUUUAUGAACAGUAUUUUUGGAAGAUGAAUGGUAUUGCGGUUGCUCAUAGUGCUGCUGCUUAGUCAGUGCUUUUCUUUAGAGCAGAAAGAUUUAAGAGAUUGACACAGCAAUGCACAUAAAGCUGAUUAAACUCUGAAAGGAAAUUUUAUUGGUUACACCAAUGUCCAUUACUUCUCAAAGACUGAAGAUUUUCUCCUGUAAGUGUAGAUACCCAUUCUGGAAGAACUUUCUUCCUGAAGUGCUGCUUCAGAUUUUGUCACCACAACAUGGUCUUCCACUGGAUUUAUUAGGAAUAUUGAACUGUUUCAGUUUCUCCAGCUAAAAAUUCUGCUUCCCCUUUCAAGUCACCUCUGUCCUAAGCUUUAGCCUCAGUUCUUUCUCUUGGCAGUAUUUGAGAAUGAAGUAUUUUGAACUCAAAGGCGUUUUCAUAAUGUGGGAACAGCUGGAUGUCAGCUUGUGAGAAAUAAGGAGGAACUUUGUUGUGCCAAGUUCCCUUAUUUCCAGUUAUUUUGAAGUUCACUAUAGCUUAUCACUUACAUCUUGCUUAAGUCCAAGUACCUGGAACCAAGUCUCUGUAUCCUGCAGCUACACAGAAUAUACCAAUAAUGUGAUUUAAAUGCACUACUGAGGUCAAGGGUGAGGUAGCAAACAAAAGGAAUCUCCAAAUGGAAGUGCCCAUUCUUCUCUGUUUAGUCUUGCUGAAGGUCAUGGACCUGAAAUCCUAUUUAUAAACGUGGCCUCAUGAACAUACUGCAAGAGUGCUCUGCUGUGUUUAAUUCUCCUUGGUGGCUUAUGCAGAGGCUCAGCCUGGCCUAUAACCUGAGAUGCUUUGGUAAAAAAAGACCUUCCUUAAGAAUAUGAAUGAACUAAAGGGCCAUUUGUUGUUCACCUAUCCACAUUUAACACAUAGAUGGCUCAAUUAUUUUUUUAUUUUUCACUCUAAGAGGACUCAUAAUGAACAAGGCCCAUAAAUUUUAAAGAUACUUAUUAUCUACAUUUCCUGACUAAACCAGAAUCUUUGCUGCUUAAAGCUUUUUUUUUUUUUUAAUAUAGAGUUCUACUUCUUUGUCUCUAUUUCUUUUCAGGAUAGAAAAAUCACCAGAGCUCAGGUGGGAGGCUAUGCAGUAAUGUGUUUGUAAUCAACAGAUUAAUUAAUCAGCCAUGAUUUAUUAAUGAUGAAUUAAUUAUACCUUAUUGUGCAGUUCUGCUGCCUAAAUGGAGCUUUAAAGGAGUUAUUUUAUUAAUCAUCAUUGUCUAAUUGCAGACACUUACAGAAAGAUUGCUAAUUAAACAUGCAGCCAUAUGCAAAACAAGCAAGGCUGCUGAGAGUGGCAAGAAAAAGAGUACUCAUUUUCUAGUAGCAACUUUAUUCUCUUGAAAUACUGUGUAGUUGACCUGCUGAUCCUAAUUAUUCACUAAGACUUGUUUUAAUAUAUUGCACAUUUUUGGUCAACAGUAGAGGAAAUUAAUUGUUGUGACAAAUCCCAUCUUUCCCGGUGCAAAAAAAUAGGUUGUGCAAACUUCAAAUGAGAUUGUUUAGAAUUUGUGUGGCCUUGUUUCAUGUUUUUAUGGGAAGGAUUUGUUUAGUGGUUCUGUUGGGGAGGAUUUGCAGAACUGUUUUGUGCUGCUCUCUUCAUUAAGAGAUAGAGAUGUGUUGAACCAAGAGCAAAUUAUGUGACGGGAAACACAAUUCCAAAAAUUCCUGUGCUUGUGAGUGUUAUUUAUCAUGGGAGUGUCCAACUGAUCCCACAGCCCAGCCAUGACAAUUUAAAUGCCCAUUUGCUUAUUUUACUCUGCAGAGGCACAGCUCCUGUGGGGGUCAGGAAGAAGGUACAGCCAUGAGAAACGAGGCAAAAUAAGAAAAAAAUACUGAGCAACAGACACCAUGCAAGUUUGCUGCUUUGGAAAUGAAUGUAGAGCUGAAAGGGAUGGAAAGAAAAUGGGAAGACUUUUUUAUAAUUCAGUAAGCCAUUUAACAGAUUUGCUUAAAGGAUUCAUGAUAAUACUUUGCAUUUAUUUUUAAGCUAUGUAGAUGAGAAUAGGCAGAAAACAUACAUUAAAAAGUUGUUACUAAAUUUGGAAACAUUUGCAAGGAGAGGAAAGAAAAGAUUUCAUGAAUGUGCACACAGCAAGAGGUCAUAGAAAGGAGCCAUGUGUUCCAUAAGGGAUGGAAGGGAAAUUAGCAACAGAUGAGGCAGUUAUUUCUGGGAAAGUAAAGAUUUCUUUGUCUCAUCAGAGGUUUGUUCAUCAGAGUGACAGAGGAACACGCUGGGAACAGAGGGGACCUUCCCAGAAGUAAAAAAAAAAAAAAAAAAUCAACCCCCUAAAUUAGAAUUAACGGUGAUGCCUGAUCAGGUAAAAUUAAAUUAGUUCAAUUAAAAACUGAAAAAUCUGCCAAUUAAGCAGUUUGAUUCUGACAUCUACUUUUUUCCCCCAGAGGAGUAAAUCUAUCAUUAAUUACCAGACUUAAACACAGACCAAGGGUUUUUUCUCAGUUGCUGAGUCACUGUCCUUUUAAUUCCUAAAGUUUAUCCCUAACCUUAAUUAACAAAUUCAAAAGAAGAGGAAAGUGCAGUAACAAAACCCAGUAUAUGACCAGAUAGUCACACCAGAAGUGUAUAUGGGUUCUUUUCCCACGAGUUGGUUUUAGACUAAGACAUUUAGAUUUAACAUCUAAAGUAGAACAUGAAAAAACAAACAUUUCUAACUCUCUUUGUUUCUUUAGUGAGAGGUUCACUAUGACUUGCAUUUUUGCCUCACUGACUGGCAAAGAAGGACAUCCCUGGGUUUUAAUGUUGGGAUUACAGGGUAGAUAAAAUAUAUUAGGCAAAGCCAAGGAACAUUCUCAAGAACGUUUCUGGAGGGAGGUUUGUGAGGAACAGUGUUGGCCCGCAGUGGACGUUAAUGAUGCAAAGCCAGUUCACAGGAUCUGGGAGUUGGGUCGAGUGAUGUUUGGCCAGAGAAGAGAUUUUGUGGAUUAUUGUAGAGCUGGAGCAGAGUAAGGUGCAGCAAAGUCAGGAACUUGAGCUUGAAUUCAGAUAUAUUAUCUGCUGAGCUUUUUCUGUGCCUUAGAUCCAAACCAGAGGGGACUUGGCAGAUUAUACAGCCCACAAAGCUCAAGUCAGGUGGGAAAUUCCAGCUGGAAUUCUGGAAUUUUUCUUUUGUUUCAGAAAGCCUUCUUUCUUCAUAAUUAUUUAUGGCUGUAAACAGAAAUAAAUCAUGUUCUUAAUGACCAUGAUAAUUCCAGUCCCUUCUAAACAAAGUUCAGUGUUUUAAAAACAGCCUCUUGGACUAUAUUACAUUUAUUUGUAGCAGCUUUCUGAAGAUGUGUCAGAUUGACUUCAAUAUUUAAAAUCACAGCCUCUUACCUGUACAACUUUCAGAAACGUUUCAGCAGUUAAUAGUUAAUAGCAACAAUGAUAAAAAGUACCCUCUUAAUAACAAACUGCAGGCACUUUCUCAAUAAAGUUACGAUUUCAGCAGAAAAAAAAAUGUAUAUUAAAAGGAAACACCUGCUCCGGUAAAUUACUGUGUUGCAGGUACCAACCCAGGAGACUGUGCAGAUGGUUCUAUAUUUGCAAACCUGACCUCAUCACCCCUUCAUCAAUCUCUGACUGAUUGGUUCUCUCCAAAGCAGAACACACUGUAUCCCAAGGUACUAGAAGACACCUUUGAAUUAGUUCCAGUCAGAAUAGCAAUUAAUUGGUGCUUCUGUUCCCUUUUGGAAGUUCUUAACAAAGGAUUCGGUUAUCUUAUCAAGCACUAGCACUGACUGAAAGGCAGGACAGUCAGUUCCAGGGAGAGCUCCAAAGGGAAUUGUACUUCAGGAGGUGUAAUCUUUGCUAUGUUCCCUGCUGAUGGGGAGGGUGGAUUAAGUUGUGCAAUGCCCUAGGAUUUUGAGAUGAACAAAAAGGAAGUGGGAUCUAGAUCCUUAAAACAGUGCAAUAUGAAUUCAUCACUUUUAUCAGCCUUUCCUGCCAGCCAAGGAAAAGUAAGAGAGAUCGCAAGUUCUGUAUGUUUGUUUUCCCUCCUCUGUUGUUUUCCAUCAUCUUACUGACCCCUGAGACUGAUUUUGCCAAUCUUCUCUUAACUAGAAGAAUUUUGCUUACAUGCCUCUUCCAGCUGUACCUGUGCCAAGGCCUUGUGCAGUGUUUUACCUGUGUGCUUUGGGGGAGAAAACAUUCCCAGCCUUCCCAGAAAACAACCUUGCUGGAAGAAAUGGAGACAGGCUGGUGUUGCCUGGGCAGUCACACACGCUCCUGUUCUGUCAGCCAUGCUCCUCAGAAUUCAGAGGAUGCCAAUAAAAUAUUUGGGUUUGUUUCCUCUUCAUUGA